CAGCCGGCUUUCCCGGAAGGGCGGGCGCGCUGGGCUCCUGGCGCUGUGCUCCACCGGCGAGGCGGGUAAUCAUGGCAGCCGAUGAGGAUAACAAAAAACAAGUUCUUAAGGAGCCUUUGUCAGAUAAAGAAUUUAUGAAAGAUGAACAAAGAGAGAGAUUAAUUGAUGAAAUUGUGAAGGAAAAUACUCAGUUAAAGGAGGAGAUCCAAAGGCUUGAAACUGAGUUACAAGAGACCACCGGAAACUUCCAGAUUAAAGAGGAUAUUCCUGAAACAAAGGUGAAAUUUGCAUCUUUAGAGAAUCCUGAGAAUGACAGCCAGUUUUUAAAUAUCUCCUGUUCAUUUCAAGUGAGCUCACAAGUUCUUUAUGAGCUGCAGAAAGGACAAGCCCUUAUCACCUUUGAAAAAGAAGAAGUUGCCCAGAACAUCAUCAGGAUGGGGAAGCAUCAUUUGAAGAUAGAAGAUGUAGAUGUGGAGGUUUUGGCCAAGCCAGUUCCAUUAAAUUCAGGAGUCAGAUUCCAGGUUCAUGAAGCGUACUCUAAGGUGAAGAUCUAUGUUACUGAAAUUCCUGACGGAUUGCCCGAAGAUCAGAUGAGAGACAAGCUAGAACUCAGCUUUUCUAAGUCCAGAAACGGAGGUGGUGAAGUGCUCUGCGUGGAGUAUGAUAAGCCGUCCCGCAGUGCUGUGGUCACGUUCGUGGAACCUGGAGUUGCUGACAAGAUUUUGAAAAAGAAAGACUAUCCGCUUUAUAUAAAUCAAAACUGCUAUAGAGUUACUGUUUCUCCAUACACAGAAACACACUUGAAAAAUUUUCAGGUGUUUUCGGGAAUAUCGGAGAGGACAGUGCUUCUGACUGGGCUGGAAGAACUUCAGAUGACGGAUAUAGAACUUUUAGAGGAUUUAGUUAACAUUCAUUUCCAACGGGAGAUAAACGGAGGUGGAGAGGUGGAAGUGGUCAAAUGUUCUCUAGGUCAACCUUGCAUCGCAUACUUUGAGGAAGAGAGGAAUGGAAUGAUCUGAAUAUUAGAGACUGUGAGCCCAAAUCACUGCCAGUAUGUGACAAAAAUGGAUAUCCCUUUCCCUUUAAAGAAUGAAGUCUUUUCAUUCUUUAGUGGCCCUUUAUUCUUAGAUACAAUAUAUCCAUGUUUCUGAAUUCUUUGUUUCAAACCCUGUUGCAUGCUUACCAAUGCAAUAAGUGGACUAUAUUAAAAAGUUUUGUUUGUUCAUAAA